AAUUGAUUUUAAGGCAUUGCCCAUCACAUUCUCGUGCUUUGCAUGUCAAAAGUACCAUUGAGGAGUCUGAACCAAUCCCAUAUGCUCCAAGAGGUAUAGACAAAUUGGAACCUAAACAUGUCCGAUUGAAAUUUCUGGAAAAGAGAAAAGCAACAAAUAAUGAUCAAGAUGAUGGUAUCCUAUCCAAAAAGGUGAACCAAAACAUAGAAUUGUAUAUCCCAGAGGCUUCUUGGACAGCUCUUGCUGACAUACUUCUGGAAAUCUUACUUCCAUUGAGUGGAUCUGGUUGUGAACAAGAGCCUGAGAAUUAG